ACAAAAUCCAAACCUGAAAAAUCCUCGGGAAGCUUUUUAAUGUGAAUAUAAAAUUUCCCUCAUCCAAGUCCAGCGAUUCAGUACUCGCCGCCAUCAUGCCCGCAUUUGAUGCUACAACAACAAGCGAGCAAGUCAUCAAAGCCUUUGGCCAGCAUGCCAAAGCUCGUACUUUUGUCAUCACUGGCGCAAGUCAGCCCAGCAUUGGGAGCUCGAUGGCUACGACGUUAGCUCGAGCUUCGCCAGAACAUAUCGUCAUCGUAUCGAGGACACCUGCGAAAGUCGAACCCGUUCUUGCCGCUAUCCGAGAAGGGAAUCCUUCGGUCAAAGCAACGUAUGUCCAAGCCGACUUGUCUGACCACGACUCUGUACGACGAGCUGCUGGGGAGGUCUUGCAGGCGACGGCGUCCAAGAUCGAUGUGCUUAUUAACAGUGCUGGAAACAUGGCCCUCAAGGAGUACACAGUGGACAAACAAGGAAUUGAAAUGCAGCUGUCAGCUAAUCAUGUCGGCCACUUUCUGUUGACCAAUCUGCUUGUACCCGCUCUCCUGGCUGCGGCAGAUGCCAACAAAGAAUAUGGUAGUCGCGUCGUCAACCUCUGUAGUUUGGGCUAUCUCAUCAGCCCCUUCCGCUUCGAUGACUACAACUUCUCUGGGGGUAAGACGUAUGACUCAUGGACAGGAUACGGCCAGGCCAAGACGGCGAAUAUCUUAUUUUCCUUUGGCUUAACCAAGCGGCUCAAGAAGCAUGGCGUUACCUCGUUUGCCGCCCAUCCCGGAUCAAAUCUCGAUACGCAGCUUGGGUCACACUUGACUAUGGACGACUAUAACAGUAUAUUGGAAAUCACGAAGCGCAACACGGGCAAGGACUUCGUAUUUGACGAACCCAGAUUUAAAUCAUACGCCCAGAUCGGUGCUACGCCUCUCACGGCUGCGCUCGACCCAGAAAUUGCUGUCAAGGCGCCGGCCCUUUUGAUCAAUAGCCAGAUUACGGAGACCGCAGAGCAUGCUAGCAACGCUGAGUUCGUGGAGAAGUUGUGGGCGCUCAGCGAGAAGCUGGUUGGCCAGGAGUUUAAGUAUUGAGCAUAGACCUAUUGGAAUUCGUGGUCAAAUGGGAUCUAUACACCCCUAGGGGGGCAGUUGACACAGCUACCUAGGUAGAUUACUCGGAUGAGUCACACAUACAAGUACCUACUUAUUCUCUUUACCUAGCAAUUUCUUAGUCUAACCACACGUACUGUUAAUUGUAAUGUCGGAUGGCUCGCGAGCCGAUCGAGAGCGAACAAUUGCCAAGCACAACUCGGCCUGGACUUAAGCCUUAGCUCCUGUAGCACAAAUGCAGUUGGAUGCUUCCCCGUACUAUGUAUACUAAGACGGCGGACAAU